GUGGGGCCGCGCCCGCCCCCUCCUCCCGGCCGAGCCGAGCCGAGCCGAGCCGCGCCGCUCUACCGAGGGGCUCAGAGCCCACCCCCCCGGCCGAACCGGGCGGCCCCGGCGGCACCGGGCCUCGGAGCUCUCCGCGGUGCUGAACGGCGCCGCCGCGCCCGCAGGACGCGCCGCCGGCCCGGCCCGGAGCGGCUCGGCACGGAGCGGCUCGGCCCGGCGGGCGCGGGGGAUGGAGCCCUUCCUGGGCUGCACCGGCGCCGCGCUCCUGCUCUGCUUCAGCUACGCCGGUCUGCGCCCGGUGGAGACAGCCCAUCGGCUCCAGUCAAUGUCACGGUCAAACACCUGAAAGCCAACUCCGCCGUUGUGACUUGGGAUGUUCUGGAGGAUGAAGUUGUCAUUGGAUUUGCAAUUUCCCAGCAGAAGAAGGACGUGCGGAUGCUGCGCUUCAUCCAGGAGGUGAACACCACCACCCGCUCCUGUGCCCUCUGGGACCUAGAGGAGGACACUGAGUACAUUGUGCAUGUCCAGUCCAUCAGCAUCCAAGGCCAGAGCCCUGCCAGUGAGCCAGUCCUCUUCAAGACCCCCAGGGAAGCUGAGAAACUAGCCUCUAAAAAUAAAGAUGAGGUGACAAUGAAGGAGAUGGCGAAGAAAAACCAACAGCUGCGAGCAGGGGAAAUUCUCAUCAUUGUUGUGGUGUUGUUUAUGUGGGCAGGGGUGAUCGCCCUGUUUUGCAGACAGUACGAUAUCAUCAAAGACAACGAGCCAAAUAACAGCAAGGAGAAAGUCAAGAGCGCCUCGGAGAACAGCACUCCCGAGCACCAGGGCGGUGGGCUCCUCCGCAGCAAGUUUCCAAAAAACAAGCCCUCAGUGAAUAUCAUCGAAGCGUGACAGCCUGCCAUCGGAAAGACGGACUCCAUUUCUCACUCUCACUUUCUGCCUCUGAGCCUUGAUGACUGGGGAGGUGAAAUAAUGUUGGAGCAAUUUGGAAGGAGACCCAGCGAUUGUCACUUGAUGGCAUACACCUCCUUCCUCGUCUGUGUUCUGCAAAACAUCUGGCCAGUAAGAAAAAAUCAUGAAAAAAAAAAACCAACAACUGAAACCUGAACAAACAAUUGAGAUGGAAAAGCAUCAGUGAGACGGCUGCUGCCGGUGAUCCUGCACUGGACUCGUGAAUCACCUGGGCUGGAGCAACUUCUCACACCCCCCUCUCCACCUUCGCACUCCGUCUUCUGGAACAGCCUCCUCGUCCUUGGACAUGUUACAAGAUUUCGGUGUAUCUUUAUUUUGCCUCACUACAUCUUGGCAGUAUCAACGUGAGCUCAGGCAUCAGUCACUGUCCCUCCUCUCCGAGCAAGAAGGAAGGAAAGAUCCUCACAGACACGAGUAGCAACCAGAUUUUGGCUGCUGUGUGCUCUUGGCUUGCUUUGUUCCAUUGAUAUGUAUCAUGUAACACGUCUUACAGGUGGGUUUUUAAAACAAAAAAAGUCACAGCCCAGUUUCCAUUCCUACUGUGAGAACUUCCCUGGUUGUUCUCCAGGUAGGCUGCAGCUCAUGACUCCGGUAUUUCUGUGUCUCCUGUCUCACGCUGGUGUUCGUCAUCGCAGAUACUCGGGGCACUCCAAACACUUUGGCACAGACCAGUACGAGGGGACACCAGAAGCCCCUCUUCAGCUUCCAGGAUAAUUUCAAACAUUUUCUCCAUGGUAUUUUCAGCUGGGCCUGAGUCCACCAACAGUGUGAUAAACAGUCCAUAAAAACGUAGCCAGUCAGCAAAAAAAAAAAAAAAAAGAAAAAAAAAAAAAAAAACUCAUGAUACCGGUUGCUAUGCAAGGUCUCCAGGGGCAAUAGCCAUUUACUGCAAAAGGCUCUUGCCUAAGGGACCUUUUUCUGAGGGCUUAAGUUCUUAAAUGGCUUCUUUUCGUAGGGUUCCUGUGGGAAGGUCUGGUUCUCCUUACACGUCCCGUCUGCACUAUUUUCUGUGACGCUGUAAUGCCAGGUGUCUGCUGGAGUCAGUCCUCCACGAAAAGGGUGGUGAUGAACGGGAAAGGGGUUGGGGUUCUCCUCUCUCUUAUUAAGUGCUUAACGUUCACAGCUGACAGGAUCCCUGGGGUUGCUGGUGCUCUGGAAGCUGAUAGAUGCAAGUCCAUCACACGGAAAAAAAAUUAUUCUUUGUAGUGUGCCAUGGGGUAUCUGUAUUUAUUUAACUACUCCACAAGACCACUCCAUAUGCACUAGGGGAUGAGGCAAGAUCCUAUUUGUCCCAUCAAAACCCAGACAGGUUGGCCUGAGAAGGGUCUAAGUCUCUUUACAAGCCUGCACUCGGAUGAGCCUGGUUUAAAAGUCCCUGCAAAGAAACGGGCUGGCGGUGACCGCGGUCAGCCAUCUCUCCACUUCCACUGACACCAGCCUGUCCAAAACGGUUGAUCUGGGAGAAAGGCCCUAGGCAGUCUGCCUGCAGACACGGUUGUGAACAAGCAAGGGCUUCGCUUGUGCCAGUUCCAGAAGGCAGGCCAACCCCAAAGGUCUCUGCAGAGGAUCCUUUGCCAGAACAUACUCCUCCAUCACCAAGAGGGAGAGGUCAGCACCUCUGAUACAGACAGAGCAAUAAACAUUUUAUAAUGUACAAUAAAAGAUUAAAGGCA